UGGUGGUGAUGGAACGAACAAAGAAGAGGGUCAAAAUAGGAAGGGAGCGGUCAAAUGAUAGGCGGGUGUGCGGUCAGCUGGACUCGACGCAAUGCGGCACCCUUCAUCGUCGCCCAGCGGGUAGAUCGGAUCCAAAUGAGAAGUGUCCGUAUUCCGAAGCGAUCGCGGAGUGUGAGUGGCCGCGUUUGCUGCUCGACACACACACAUACACACGACGCGAUCUCCGCGAAGCGGCCCACAGCCACAUGAGCCCCGUUCACUAACCACGCGAAGCACCGGCCGUCCACCGCUAACCGCUCUCCCCGAGUCUUCUUCUCUACCGACCCUCUCUCCCCGCCUCCCAACCCCGUCCCCCACGUCCUUACCAGCCCCCUCGUACGUACCACCACAGAAGAACCACUCCGACACUCGCCGUUCUCUCUCUCUCUCUCUCUCUCUCUCUCUCUGAAGCAAAUAAGCGAACGAGUAACAAUCUGUGGCCAAGUUCACGCGCCACCAAUUGUUCGACCAAAGUUCCAUGCGAAGCGCCGCCAACCGGUCUCCCGGAGCCAGACCCAUUUGGCGAUGGCGAGCAACCCACCUUCGUUCCACCACCACUGCCGCUCCCUCCUCCCUUCCCCAUCUUCUCCUCCGUCCCCCCACUGUUCCUUUCCCUCCCCCGCUGCCGGAGUCUCCAAAGCCCUCCCCCCGUCCCGCUCCAUCCCCAUCCUCCUCCCCAUCGUCUUUCUCUUCUUCCUUCUCCUUUUCUUCCUCUCGAUCUUCCUCUUCCGCGACAUCCUCCACUUCACCUAUGCGUUCUUCUACGGAGGGUCGCCCAGCGCCGUCCGCCGGCCCACCACCUCAAACGCCGCCGCCGCGGAUUCCUGCCUGCGCGGGCUGGACCCCGACAUCCUGGCGUCGUUCCCCACGCUGCCCUAUUCCUUGGUGAGGGGGCUGCAGGAGGGCAAGUGCGGAGCGGAGUGUGCCGUCUGCCUCGCCGAGUUCGCCGGUGGCGACGUAAUCCGCCUGCUCACCGUCUGCUGCCACGCCUUCCACCCGCCCUGCAUCGACUCCUGGCUCGCCGCCCACGCCACCUGCCCCCUCUGCCGCUGCGACCUGAAGGCACCGCCCGACGAGGCCGCCGUCAUGGCGGUGCGGGAGGCCGUCGACGGUGGAUGCGACAGCCAUUGCAUCUCGAUCGACGACGACGGGGAGGGGGCGGAGGGACGGUUGGAGAAAUCGGCACCGGAGAGGACGUCGAACCCGACGAAUGCAGGAGAGAGGAGGGAGGAUGCCGACGAGGGUGCAGCACGAUGAAGACGAACAGUGCGAGCGCCCGAGAAGGAGCGGACCUCAUAGGAAACACGUGGCUAUAAAUGCUCGUAUCUUUCCGACUUAGAUUUGAUCGGAGUUUUUUGCCGAGAUUUAUUAGAGCUUACGAACAACACACGGGAAUUGAA